AUGGGGCUGAGGUUUCUGGGCAUCGCUCUGUGGUUAGCGGGGGGUACCUUUGCCUCUCGUCACCACGAGGCGUCGCUCUUCAACAAGAAAUGUGGAAGAGUACCAUUGAAAAAUGAGAUACAAGAAUCUCGAAUUAUAGGCGGUCACAAGGCUCAGUCUGGAUCAUGGCCUUGGAUAGUUAGCUUGCAGGUUAUGGUAUCUGCUAACCAGUCUACACAUUUUUGUGGGGGGUCCUUAAUUAAAAAAAAGUGGGUCAUCACUGCUGCCCACUGCCUCGAAAAUGAUAGAGAUCCCCAAGUUUGGAGAGCUGUUGUUGGAGUCAAUGAUCUUUUCCAAAGUCCUAAGACUUCUAAGAAAAUAGAAAUUGAUACAAUCAUCAUGCAUCCACAUUUUAUCCCAGAAGAAUACGUAAAUGAUAUUGCCCUUUUUCAUUUAAAAAGCGCAGUGAAUUAUAAUAAUUAUAUUCAGCCUAUCUGCCUACCAUCCUUUGAUUUUCUGCCAAACUUGACUAGAAGAACAAGAUGCUUCAUAAGUGGCUGGGGCCAAACAAGAGAAAAAGGUGAUUAUUCUCCUAUUUUGCAAGAAGCAGAAGUUCAUUAUAUUCCUCGAAACGCCUGCAAUAGUGAAGAAGGCUAUGACGAAUUUGUUCCAUACACUUCAUUUUGUGCAGGAGAAGAAGAUGGAACUGUUGAUACUUGCCUGGGUGACAGUGGCGGACCUUUAAUGUGCUAUAUUCCAGAGUCUAAAAGAUAUUUCCUAAUGGGAAUUACCAGUUUUGGAUCUGGCUGUGGUGAAAAACAUUUUCCUGGAGUUUAUACUAGGGUGCAAUUCUACAGAACGUGGGUAGACAACAUAUUGCUUCUGGCAGCAGCUGAAGACAGAACUAAAAACAGAAUUGUACAAGGAGCAACAUUAUUAAUUGUGAUCUUCAUCAUUCUAUUAGUGGAUUCAUAAAGCAGCACUAAGGUUAUAGCAAUUCCAUUUUGUAAUGAACCUAUCCAUUUUUCAUCUCUAUGCUGGACAAAGAUGAUAACUUUAAUUCUUUGAUGAAUUAGCUAUCCUCAGGUUCUCAUUUCAAUAAUUUUUGUUGAUAUAUAUUUAAAAUGUAACACUGAAUCACAUCCUUU